GUGUUGUGUCAUUCUUGUUUUGUGUGUUGCUGUGUUUCUUGCUAUCCUGUGACCUGUUUUAUAGCUGUUUUCUUUCCUCAGUUAUCACCAUCUACUCUGACAAAAUGACUGAAGUGUCAGUGCAUGGUGUCUGUCUGCACAGGUCGAUGUGUCUGUGUGGGAGUUGAUGGGACUUCGUAGGGAGGGUUUUGUUCCUGCACUCAUUUUGCCACUGCUGCUAACCAUGGUUUUUUAUCUUGGUCCCCUGAUUCAUUCUGCAAUGGACAACCCUGAUGGCUUCACUGUGGAGCUGCAGUCUGCACUGGAUGUUCAGUCGUGGAGGUUGUGUAUAGAGGAUGUAGUGUGGCUCAGGAACCAGGUGGUGGCGCCAGUGACGGAGGAGCUGGUGUUCAGAGGAGCCAUGCUGCCCAUGCUGGUGCCCUGCACAGGACCCACAGCUGCCAUCUUUACAGCCCCACUGUUCUUUGGUGUUGCUCAUUUUCACCAUAUCAUAGAGCAACGGCAACUUCACAAGGAUAGUAUGAGAGUCAUUCUUCUGGUGGCAGGAAUGCAGUUCUUGUACACAACUGUGUUUGGUGCCUAUACUGCCUUCAUAUUCAUGAGAACUGGUCACGUUGUGGGUCCGGUUUUGUGCCAUUCUUUCUGUAACAGCCAGGGCCUCCCUGACAUCAGCUCUGCCCUCCAACACCCUCAAAGCACAGCUCUGCUCUUCUCAUAUCUGAUGGGAGCCCUGCUGUUCCUGGUGCUGCUCUUCCCACUGACUGACCCCUUCUUCUACGGUGCCAUUCCCAUCUGCAGCUUGGCUCCCACUCCUGCGUCUGUAUGCUAGAUUAAAUUAAAUGAAAUACACUCCUGCUCUUAAAACUGUGGCUUUUUUAUAUUCUGUAUUUCAUUUUGUAUUAGGUUUUCAAAUAAAGUAUUUUUAUAAAGAG